ACAGAGGACAGGACUGACGGGACCAUGUCGGAGCUGGUGGCAGAGCCCAGGCCCAAGCCGGCGGUGCCGGUGAAGCCGGUGGGCAUCAGCUCCAACCUCCUGGGCUACAUCGGCAUCGACACCAUCAUUGAGCAGAUGAGGAAGAAGACCAUGAAGACGGGCUUUGACUUCAACAUCAUGGUUGUCGGUCAGAGCGGCCUGGGCAAGUCCACCCUCAUCAACACCCUUUUCAAAUCCCAAGUGAGCCGGAAGUCAGCGAGCUGGAAUCGCGAGGAGAAGAUCCCCAAAACGGUGGAGAUCAAGGCCAUUGGCCACGUGAUCGAGGAGGGCGGAGUCAAGAUGAAGCUGACGGUCAUCGACACGCCCGGCUUCGGAGACCAGAUCAACAAUGAGAACUGCUGGGAGCCCAUCCAGAAGUACAUCAAUGAGCAGUAUGAGAAGUUCCUGAAGGAGGAGGUGAACAUUGCCAGGAAGAAGCGCAUCCCGGACACGCGUGUGCACUGCUGCCUCUACUUCAUCUCUCCCACCGGACACUCGCUCAGACCUCUGGACCUGGAGUUCAUGAAGCACCUCAGCAAGGUGGUGAACAUCGUCCCCAUCAUCGCCAAGGCCGACACCAUGACCCUGGAGGAGAAGAUGGAGUUCAAGCAGAGGGUCCGGAAGGAGCUCGAGGUGCACGGCAUCGAGUUUUACCCCCAGAAGGAGUUCGACGAGGACCUGGAGGACAAGACGGAGAACGACAAGAUCAGGCAGGAGAGCAUGCCCUUUGCCGUGGUCGGGAGCGACAAGGAAUACCAGGUCAAUGGCAAGAGGGUCCUGGGGAGGAAGACCCCGUGGGGAAUCAUCGAAGUGGAGAACCUCACACACUGCGAGUUCGCCCUGCUCAGAGACUUCGUCAUCAGGACCCACCUUCAGGACCUCAAGGAAGUCACCCACAACAUCCACUACGAGACCUACCGGGCCCGGAGGCUCAACGACAACGGCGGCCUCCCUCCGGCGCCUCAUCCAUCAAAUCUCACCUCCUUCAAGGGCUUGGGAAAAUAAAGCCCGGAGUCGCUAGCCUGAGCAGG